ACAAAAUACUUUUAAGGGCUAUUCAUCAUUAUUUUUAGUGGUAUAGCCCACUUCAGAUUUGGAUCUUCUUAAUGUUUGAGACCGCGUCCAAAAAUGAGACGGCAAAAAUAUGAACGGCCUGGAUGUACAAAAAACACAUCAAGGUGGGCCCUAGACGGUUGAGUAACAUCUACACUCCCGCCUUCAACACUGGCGAUUCGCACUCAAUAAAAGGAAAUGGCACCCAAAUCCCAUUUGCCUUCAACUCAGACUAUUCCGAGAAAAAAAAAAAAAACAGUUGAAAUUUAGAAACUAGAAAAAAAUUAAAUAAAAAAUAGCACUCUUACUCAUCCUCUUCAUUCUCAGCCAUUCCGUACAUUCUAACCAUCUCAUUGUCUCUUUCCAUAGCCAUGGAUUUCAUCAAACCAGUCAUCGACGUUGUUUCUUGCUUAUGGGGUCCCACCACCCUAUGCAAACACUACGUCGUCAACCUCCGAGAAAAUGUCGACUCCCUGAAGGAAGCCACGAACGAAUUGAAAUCUGUAAAGAAUGAUGUGAAGACAAAGGUCGAUGAAGCCGAACAGCAACUGCUCAAAUGCAAGGACAAUGUUCAAUGGUGGCUACAAAAAGUUGAAGACACCGCAAGAGAAGUGAAUGAGAUGGAAGAAGCUUUUCUGCAAAUGAGGAGGUGUUUUGGGAGUUGCCGACCCAAUUUCUGGUCGGGCUACAAGCUCGGCAAGAGAGUGGCGAAGAAGCUGGAAGAUGUAUCUGAGUUGAAGAGCAAAGGUGAGUCCUUCAGUGAGGUGGCAUACAAGCCGCUUCCCGAUGCCAUUGAAGAGAUGCCAAGCACAUCAGCUGUGGGCAGAGACUUGGUGUUGGAGAAGGUUCUAAACUGGAUUGGCGAAGGGAAAGGGGGAGUUAUUGGAAUAUAUGGAAUGGGGGGAGUCGGCAAGACAACCCUCUUGAAAAAGAUCAAUAACGAGUUACUUGGAAGAACCCAUGAAUUUCAUGUCAUUAUUUGGGUGGUGGUGUCUAAGGAAUUAAACAUGGAAAAGAUUCAGAAGGAUAUUGGCAAGCGGUUGGGCUUGUCUUGGCCGGAGAAUGAAAUCAACGAGUCACGCGCUCGAGACAUUCAUAAGGUCUUGAGGGAGAAGAAAUUCAUGUUGUUGUUGGAUGAUAUAUGGGAAUGGUUGGAUCUAGAGAUGGUUGGAAUUCCCCAUCCAAGUAGCCAGAGCAUGAGCAAGGUUGUAUUCACUACACGAUUUGAGGACAUCUGUGGCCGUAUGGCUGCCAAUGAGAAGAUCAGAGUAGAAUGCCUCCCGGAGCAAGAAGCAAUGAAUCUAUUCGAACAGAAUGUUGGUGAAGAGGCCAUGAUUUCUCACCGGGACAUACCGUCCCUUGCUAUGAAGGUUGCCAAAGAAUGCAAAGGUCUACCUCUCGCACUCAUCACGAUUGGGCGGGCCAUGGCAUGCAAGAAGACCCCACAGGAAUGGGAGCAUGCAAUAUCAGUUCUUAGCACGAGCAAGCCACCAUCAGAGAUAGAAGGUAUGGAUGAUGAAAUGCUUUUGCGUUUGAAAUUCAGUUAUGAUAAUCUCGGUGGUGACAUGAUUAAAUCAUGCUUCCUGUACUGCGCACUGUUUCCGGAGGACUACUCCAUUCGCAAAGAACAACUUAUAGAUUACUGGAUAGGUGAAGGAUUCUUAGAUGGGUGGGAUGAUGAUCUUGAUGAAGCACGUAACAAGGGACAUGAUAUCAUUGGAAGAUUAAAGGCUGUGUGCUUGUUAGAGAAUGGUUCAGAUGAAAAAACAGAGGUGAAGUUGCAUGACGUGAUACGUGAUCUAGCGUUAUGGAUAGCUUCCGAGUGUGGGAAGAAGAAGAACAGGUUUUUGGUGCGAGCAGGCAUUGGACUGAGUCAUGCACCGGAGGUCGAAAUGUGGAAGGAGGCCGAGAGGAUAUCUGUAAUGAAUAAUUACGUAAAAGAAAUAACAGAGACACCUCAAUGCCCCAACCUAUUUACCUUGAUGCUCCAAAUGAAUUCGCAUUUUGAAAACGUCCACACUGAAUUUUUUCAAUUCAUGCCUGUUCUUAAGGUCUUAGAUCUUUCACAUUCAUCUAUUAAGGAGCUUCCUGCAGGGAUAGGUAACUUGGCAGAGCUACGAUAUCUCAAUUUAUCGUGCACAUGCAUUGAAUCAUUGCCUGAAGAGAUAGGAAAUCUGACGAAGCUGAAGCACUUGGACUUGGAAUCAACAGAUUGUUUGCAGAGAAUUCCUCGCGGGGCAAUCUCUAGGCUUUCUGAGUUAAUUGUGAUGAACGUAAAUCAAAGUUAUUCAAAAUGGGAAGAGGGGAGUGGUGGAUGUAAUAUGACUGAGUUGGUAGGCUUGAAACGUUUAACCCAUCUUCAAAUCUGCAUAGAAACUCUGGAAGCUCUUGAAAGGUUGCUGAGCUCUAACCAACUGAGGAAUGCUACUAGGUUUCUACAACUGAAAGGAUGCGAGGGACUGACUACAUCCACCCAACUGUUAUACUCUUUUUCAUCAAUGAAGAGUCUUAAAGUACUUUCUAUUCAAUCUUGUGAUAUGUUGAACGGCGUGACGAUUGGUGCUGAUGGAGCGAGAGAUGAUGAUUAUCUUGUUUAUUGCCUAGAAUCACUCAAACUUGACCGUCUCCCUGUCUUAAAUUACAUCCAUGUGGGCCGCGGAUGCUUCCGGAGCUUUCGCAGUAUAUAUAUUUGGAAUUGUUUCGAGUUGAAGAAAAUUCAUUAUUUACUGCAACUUGAGAAUCUUGAAACAAUCGAAAUAGUAGAUUGCCCUGUACUAGAAGAUGUAAUAAGCACAACUGCUGACGAUGAAGUGGGAGAGAAACGGCUAAUGCAGCUCAAAGCUAUAAAGCUCUGGAACCUUCCAGAACUAAGUAACAUAUGUAGCUAUGCACUGCAUUUUCCUUCCUUGGGGGUACUCAAAGUGAUGCACUGCCCAAUGUUGAAGAAGCUCCCUCUUCAUGUUGAUCAGCAUUCUCUAAGGCUUAUACGUGGUGAAAAAGAUUGGUGGGAUGCAUUAGUGUGGGAAUCAGAUUACAUCAAGUCCUAUUUUCUUCCAUUUUUCAAGGAAUGGUGAGAGUUACUGUAAAGGUAGAAAUCUUUUUACUAGUAUUUCAUAAAUCAAGUCUACAUUUUGUUAUUAAUGUAAUACCUGAUACCUGUUCCAUAUGAUAUUAAAUUAAUUUCUCAUGAGAUGGCUCA